CUAUGGAAGUGUCGCAACUCUCUUUUUCUAUGGCUCUGGGCUUGACCAUACCCCUUCUUGGAUUAAUGUUCAUGACGAAAGACUCCUGCGCCGGAAAUGUAUUUCAACGCUGAUGUGUUACUUGGGCACCCUCUAUACAUAUAACUUAGCGAGUUGUUAUUCUUACAGCACUUUAAUAUAUCAAUUUAGCCUAUGAACGUGCUGUAGCCAGAAAUUGAAACAGUGCGGAGGUCGAUGUCAGAAAGGGUCCUCAACGUGAGGGGAAAAGCAGAACAGUGUUACAGUCUCAAUGGCGCCCAAAGGUAAGGUAGGCACUAAAGGUAAGAAGCAAAUAUAUGAGGAGAACGAGGCGACGCUCAAGUUCUACACAAGAGUCAUCUUGGGAGCGAAUGCGAUAUACACUGCCAUAAACCUCUUGGUCUUCAACGGCUCAUCCACUUUUUGGACAUGGCUGUUCCUGGUGUUUGCACUGGCUGUGUAUGUUGGCAGUUACCGUUCUAUGUCCACCAUGGCUAAACCAGUGUUGGCGGAGGAUGGGAGCCUGCUGGAUGGAGGCAUAGACCUAAACAUGGAACAAGGCAUGGCAGAGCACCUGAAGGAUGUAAUUCUUCUUACUGCAAUCAUUCAAGUGCUAAGCAUCAUCUCCUCCUACUUCUGGUACCUCUGGCUACUGGCUCCUGCCCGUGCACUGCACCUGCUGUGGGUCAACUUCCUGGGUCCCUGGUUUUCAGCAGAGAGCCCUACAGCUCCAGAGGAGGUCAAUGAAAAGAAACAGAGACGGCAGGAGCGCAGACAGAUGAAGAGAUUCUGACCAUGCUGUGCAGACUGCUUUAUUUUUUAUACACAGAACCUAAUAUACAGUUGUCCAUGAACUCUCGAGUUAAGUUAUUCAGGAGGAACAGGCAUUGACAAUGAACCAGACCCUGUGGUACAACUGGCUUACCUCUGCUUUUCUCUCUCCAUCCCAACUGCUAUACUUUUCUUAAUCUCACCUUUACAUUUGAAGAGUUAAUCAUGAAAUAGUCUCUUUUUUAUAAUAAAUUGGACCAGGUAUUCAUUACCAACAUGUGUGAGGGUUAUCUCAGUACACAAGGCUUUUACAAUCUCCUUUACCUUGGAAUACUCUCCUUUGAUAGUCAUAGACUUCUGGUUAUAUAAAACAUAAUAUGUGUAUAUGUAAGUCCCUGCUACGUGUCCAUCAUAGCUGUCAUAAAUUCAGUGUCAUGGCCUUGAAGGGGAAAGGUGAGAGAACAGAAUGAUAACACAACUUUGUGAUGUUCUGCUGGUCUUUGUUCAGAUUUACACAAAUGUUUUACAUAUUGUUCUUCAGGUCUCUUUUUAUGUGAGACCAUCUUGCCUGGAUCCAAUCCAAAACAAUGUCUCUAACCAUGAACAUAGUACCAAUCCAGAUUAUCAAUAAAAAUAUCCACUUUGGUGUAU